AUGGUCGGUGAGAUGAGUGAACAGGUCCGGGAAAGACCCAGACCAAGGCCCAGCCCGGACUACCUGAUGCAGCUGAUGACAGAUCGGAAGGUGAUGAGCUCGCUGCCCAACUUCACUGGCAUCUUCACUCACCUGGAGCGGCUCUUAGACGAAGGUAAGUGCGUAGGCUACAAUGCAUAUUUUUUAAAGAUUGACCAAAAAUAUGGUAGGUCUAUAAUUAGUUGGUUGAUAUUUCAACGAUGUUGUUUGGUGAGAUACUGUGACACACGCCAUAGACAUUAAGAGAGACACAGAGAGAGAGACAACCAGGCAGUGGGUGCUGUGAACAAACGGACAGUUGUUAGUCUGGGCCGGUGACCUAAUGUGCAAGGCGGUGUGAAUGUGGCGGCCCAUCGCGGUUAGUCACGGGGCUCAGUACACGGUCAACGGGAUGUCAACAUGAAAAUAUUUGACUUUGGAGGGCGUGCUUAGACUGUAUGUAUGUGAAUACAGAGACACACAGACUUAGCCAUGCAGGUGGCUAGAGAGCCAGUAAAGUGUGUGUACAGUAUGGCUGAUUGAUUGAUUGAUUGAUUUGUAUUCUUUGAAGAGGACCCCCACCACAACAAACACACAGCAAGCAGGUCAAACAACAAGGUAACAAGGAAUGAGAUGUAAUGUGGACUUAUUGAUCAGAUGAUAUUGAUUCUGACAAAGGACAAGGAGAGGGGGAGAAAUAACCAAAAAAUGACUGAGGAAGACAAGAGAGGAGGAAGAUGAGGGGAAGUGGCCGGGGAGGUAUUUGUUUUUUUUUCUCCAACACUUCAACCUGCCAGUACACUAUCUAGAGUUCUCUCUGUGUAUAUAUAGACUGCACUCAUGCACUCUCAUUCUCUCCUGCAGCCACAUUAUUCUUAUUGUGGCAGUUUAACUACGGUGGCUGUCUCAUCCAAGACACAUUUCCAUUGUAUGAGUAAUCUUCAAUGCUGCAGACAUUUUUGGUACCCUUCCCCAGAUCUGUGCCUCGACACAAUACUGUCUUGGAGCUCUACAGACAAUUCCUUCGACCUCAUGGCUUGGUUUUUGCUCUGACAUGCACUGUCAACUGUGGGACCUUAUAUAGACAGGUGUGUGCGUUUCCAAAUCAUGUCCAACCAAUUGAAUUCACUACAGGUGGACUCUAAUCAAGUUGUAGAAACAUCUCAAGGAUGAUCAAUGGAAACAGGAUGCACCUGAGGUCAAUUUCGAGGCUAAUAGCAAAGGUUCUGAAUACUUAUGUAAAUAAGGUAUUUCCGCUUUUUAUUGUUAAUAUAUUUGCAAAAAUUUCUAAAAACCUGUUUUCACUUUGUCAUUAUGAGGUAUUGUGUGUAGGUUGCUGAGGAUAAAAAAAAUAAAUCAAUUUUAGAAUAAGGCUGUAACUUAACAAAAUGUGGAAAAAGUCACGGGGUCUGAAUACUUUCUGAAGGCACACGUUCAGAAAGUAUUCAGACCCCUUGACUUUUUCCACAUUUUGUGACGUUACAGCCGUAUUCUAAAAUGGAUUGAAUUGUUUUUUCCCCUCAUCAAUCUACACACAAUAAACCAUAAUGACUAAGGAAAAACAGGUUUUUAGAAAUUGUAACAAAUUUAUUAAAAAUAAAAACCGGAAAUAUCACAUUUCAGACCCUUUACUCAGUACUUUGUGAAUCUACUUUUUUAACAACAGAUUGUAGCAGUUCGUUAGUUUUGGUGUGCAUUGAGGGCAUUUUAGUUAUGUUUUCCUGGAUAGCAUUUAACUGUUCAUUACUCUCGUUUUGCGUUUCCAAAUUGUCCUUUCCUUUGACGGAGGCCAUGAUCUGUUGGGUUCAUGUUGCUGCACUGUUUACAAACUGAGUGGUUCACUGUUGUACAAUACUGAUCUCUCACCCUCUCCCAGUUGCUUGGGAAUAUGUUGAUUUUAUCAAGUUUAGAGGCUUGAUUGUUGUCUGGUUUCUACAUAUAACCACAGUUUUGUCGGUACAAAACGGAGCCACUCACACCCCAUGCGUCCUAUCAGUAUGUGCAUGCUCGUCACUAUUUUCCUAUUGAGAUGCAUUGCAUUGAACAUUUUACACUCUUUUUAAGAAUGUCAGGUUUGUGAUGACAACAUGCAAGAGAGCUGUAUUCAUUCAUUGCUAUGAUCAUUGACACAGAUCACCCAUUAUAUUGACCAGAUACUCCAGUGGCUGCUCUAACAAUGAAAAUAAAUGUCUUCAAAAAUGGAAGGCAGUCGGGAGGAGGCAAAAUCAGGUGGGACCAGGGCUGUGGUGGUCGUGAAAUUUUGUCAGCCGGUGAUUGUCAAGCAAAUAACUGCCGGUCUCAUGGUAAUUGACCAUUAAUUAACAUAAUUACGAUUAGCUUCCUCGUAUAGCCUACAAGCCACUGAUGCAGACCUGUGGAACAUCUACAUUUAAAAAAAAAGUCUAAUAAAUCCAUUUAAUAUAGCCUACACCAUCACAAUAAAUCCAUUAUUUAUUUCAGACAGGUCUAAAGAAACAUGAUUUGAAGAAAAAUGUAGUCUAUUUCAGUAGAACAGAAUAACAUACUCUGAGUUGUCCUUAUGUUAGGCCCUGAUCUGGCUGUGCCAUAUGGCUGUGGGCUACACUAGUUCAUUUAGCAGACAAUAUUUGCUUAGAAUUCCGUGGCAUUAUUUUAUAUUAUUUUAUAAUAUGAAGAAUACAAUAGAACAUAGCUUAAUAAAAUAGAAAGGAUAUUUUCCCCAAAUUAUUUAUGAGGGAGUGUGCACAUCCGGCUAUUCUGUGUUGAGCGGUUAACAAAGAAACAGUUCCUCCUAUAUGCUUAAUUUUAGAGUUAUUUAUGCAACUUUAGUUGUGAUUCAUACGUUGGGCUACAUGUUUUGAUUUUUAAAACAUUCUAAGGCUGUAUGAUGCGACUUUAAUUAUGAUUUGUAAAAAGUCACAUGAAAGGCAUGAGCUCUGCUUUGUUUCUUGUGCAGGCUCCACACACUUCAUCAGUCUCUCAUUCACAAUUUGACAAGCACUUGAUAAUAUUCUCACCAGGCCUCGAAUUUCCCGGCGGCAUCCCCCUUGUGUGGCUGUAAAGCCCCAUAAAAAAAUUCCAUGCCUUUUGCGGCCAAAGUGGCCCGUUGUGCCCUUGGGCUGAAUAUAAUAAAUAUAAUUCCCUUCUCCCGGCUGCCAAUCACCGUGCUCCGAAUCACCUCUCACUCACAUGGCUCUCUCAGAUAUCUCAAUUCUUAUUAGCCAAUGCCCGUCACAUGAUCGAGUCCUUUUCACAGGCAUCUCAGCUCCGAAGUAGGCUACAAGUGAAGACAGACACAUCGGGACGCAACUGCGUGUGUCCUUCUUAUCGAAUUCCGAGGCACAUAUUGUGGACAGUUCUUUUAACUUCUUCAUUUACUUUUCGUCAGCCAACAAGAUGAGUAAACCUAACGAACAGGAAAAGCACUAGCCUAUGUCAAUCUACUAUCCCCCAUAGUACAAAAGUUGACCUAUUCUAUUGGUCAACUUGUCCUUCUGUGCGAGAAAGAAAUAUUCGAAAUAUACUCCGGGACAGUUGUGGGAUGCGAUAGAUCCCAAAUUAAUACAACCACUCGCAUCAAAAAAACUUUUAAAAGCAAUGAGGCUGAUGCAACAGAUCAGAACGUUUAGCUUAAAAUAUUGGUAAACUAUUAGGCUAUUUCUUCACAUUAUAAGCGCAGCAAUGUGCACACGGCAGUAGGCUAUAAGCGAGACUGUUCCAAUAUGCAAUCAAUUAGCGGGAAAACACCAUUCUCAAAAGUGACCGCAAAUGCGAUUAUGCAUGUAAUGCUUUAUUAUAUAGGUGCAUUUUUAUGGUGAAAAUGAUCUUCCAGUUAGUCUCUACACCGGUUGUAAAGCUGCAGUUGGUAGAGCAUGGCGUUUGCAACGCCAGGGUUGUGGGUUCAAUUCCCACGGGGGUCAGUAUGAAAAAAUAACUAAAAUAAUGUAUGCACUCACUAACUGUAAGUCGCUCUGGAUAAGAGCGUCUGCUAAAUGACUAAAAUGUAAAAAAAAAAAAAGUUAUGUAAAGCGGAUGAAUGUGCUUCAAUUGAAGAACUUAAGUUGUGACACAAACCUUAUCAAAACAUAUAGGCCUAUGGGCUAGGCUACAUGAGGUGUGCGACUAUGAUUUGAAAAAGUUGCCAAAAAAAGGCAUGUGCUGUUUCUUGCUUUACUGCACACAAGCUGGGCGUCAUUCAUAAGUGCUAAUAUAUAAUUCACAAGUGAUAGGCUAAUAUUGUCACCCAUCAGACUAUUCUUGAUUUAAUCUUGUCUUUACAUAUACUAAAUCAUAUAUGUGUGAAAUUUGUUUUGAUUUAGAAUGGACGAUUAUCAUGCACCUGUCUCGAAACAGGGGCAGCGGGAAAAAAUACAUGUAAUCUAUGCACUUAAAUAGCAAAUGGAGGACGCUUUUCAUGCCAGCCAGGUAAGCUAUACAACUGUUGAAAAGCGAAGCAAUGUGCUAAAUAUUAGCAAAGUUGAUAAGUAAAUAUAGUAGGCCUAGCCUAUAGAAAGCUGAUGGGAUCCUCCUCUUUUUAAUAGAGGCCAUCAAAACACUGUUUUCUCAUGCAAUUGCAUAGCCUAUAGAAAUGUUGCGCAACAUGAGCUCAUGGGGUCUCAAGUGUUUGACCUGAUUUUCGAUUACAUUUGCAUUGACGUCAGAGUGAUUAAAGGGACAACAGAGAGCUGAGUGGCAGGCAGUUAGCAAGUUUGGUAGGCUACUAAUGACCAUCAGCAGCAUCAGAGCUUGCAGAAGCCUAGUUACUAUGACUAAACGGUCACAUGGAAUAUGACUGCGGUCAUGACUAGUGACUGCCGGUGUGGCGGCAAUACGGUCACCAUAACAGCCCUAGGUGGGACCAGUCUAGCCAAUGAGAGGGCAGAUACGCUCGUGAACAACAGGCACAACGGUUUCCAAUAGUUACCACAGCCACAAUGUCUAAAUUGGCUAUAUCGUAAAAAUGCAUGAUUUUUUUUGUUGCUUUUUGGUCUCAAUUACAUUUUAGGGCUAGGCAUAAGGUUAGCAGUGUGGUUAAGGUUAGUGUUAGGCAUAAGGUUAGCAGUGUGGUUAAGGUUAGGUUUAAAAUCACAUUUUAAGAAGAUCAAUUGUAGAAAUAGACAGGGUUUAUGACUUUGUGACGAUAUAGUGUUUUUUUCUCACUCGUAGCAACCUAAUCAUUACGAAAUUUCUAUUUGAACAAAUAAGCCACACGUAGCAAAUAAGCCAUUAAUUUUUUUUUUUGUUAACCAAAUUCGACUCACUCUCUGACCACACUCCUCGCUUGGUGAGCGGAAAGAAACGCCAUGUGCUAGAGAAGACAGAUUUUGGGCCCAGUUAUCCCUCUCGCUUCUUGUUCUCUGUUGUUGAUCUCCUGAAGAAGCUAUCCCUUUUACUUUUUUUCUGUUCCCCAAAAUGUUUGGAUAUAAAGUUACCAGGUUGUUAGCUAGCCAAUGAGGUAACAUGACUUAACAAUGUGUAACGACGCGCGAGUAGUUUUACAUUUACAUUUUAUUCAUUUACCAUGCUCUACCAACUGAACUACACUAGAACUGCCCACGAUAUGGUUUAUGAAUGUAUAAUGCAGUCCCGGCGAGGAAUAUAUUUUGCGGCGGUAACAUGGGAUCUCUCGAGUGGCGCAGUGGUCACUAGAGAUCCUGGUUUCGAAUCCAGGCUUUGUCGUAGCCGGCCGCGACCGGGAGACCCAUGGGGCGGCGCACAAUUGGCCCAGCGUUGUCCAGGGUAGGGGAGGGAAUGGCCGGCAGGGAUGUAGCUCAGUUGGUAGAGCAUGGCGUUUGCAACGCCAGGGUUGUGGGUUCGAUUCCCACGGGGGGCCAGUAUGAAAAAUAAAAAAUAAUGUAUGCACUCACUAACUGUAAGUCGCUUUGGAUAAGAGCGUCUGCUAAAUGACUCAAAUGUAGUAAUGUUGCAACCAUGACGCUAUCGAAUCUGCACUCGCUUUUUUCUCUAGGGCACUCGGAAUCAACGGUACAGCGUAGCCUAAUCAUUUAAACAAUAAUUAUCUUGGAGAUAUGUUUCCUAGUCGCACAGUGCCCCCAACAACAAUUGCUCCCCUGGCGCUGAUGAUGUGGACAUCGAUUAAGGCAGCCCCUCGCACCUCUCUGAUUCAGAGGGGUUGGGUUAAAUGCGGCGGACACAUUUCAGUUGAAUGCAUUCAGUUGUGCAACUGACUAGGUGUCCCCUUCCCCUUUCCCAAAUUGGUCGCACUUUGGAGCCCUGAGUGUAUGUGUACUUCUAGGUGUGUGUGUGUGUAAUAAUCAGGUUUACGUGUGAGGUCAGAUGUGUUAUUAGAGGCGUAUAGCUGUUGUGAAAAUAGCUUUAGAUAAUUAUAGUUCCAGUUAUUAUAACUAUGUUCACACUUAGUUAUCACUCUGCUUCCGUCAGGCCAUAGUUAUUUCACGUGUGUUUGUGUGUGUGUGGGUGUGGGUGUGUGUGGCUUAGCAGGUUAUUAUAGUGGUUGCCAUGCUAUUAGUAAUGCAUCAUGCAACAUUGGAAGUCUGAGUCAGACAGCUUUAAACAAACACACACUGUCUCUGUCUUUUAUUUUGUAGUGCUUGACAUUAAAAUCUUGAUUUUAAAGCUUCAAAUGACGUUUUAAAUUAUGUCUCUCGCUCUCUCUCUUCACUUCUCCCAAUCUCCCUCCAUCAGAGAUAGGUAGAGUGCGCAAGGACAUGUAUAACGACUCAAUGAAUGGAGGUGUCGCUGCCGAGGGGCGUGACUCCGAGGAGCUGCCUGAUGGGAUUGGUCCAGUGGCUCAGCUGCAGGAGAAGCUCUACGUGCCCGUCAAAGAGUUCCCCGACGUGAGUGGACAAACCUUUUUUCAACCUUUUUAUAGACGUCUUUAUUUUAGUGUCUAUCCAGAGUGACAGAAUAUCUAUCCCUAUCCAUAACAGAAACGUCCAGUCCAUAGGAGGGUAAGGUAGAGCCCAUAUAAAUGGAAUGAAUAGAACAGGCUUGGAACCUUUUAACCCUUGCAAUUUCACUAGUAAACUCAUGGGUACACUCACAAUGGCUUCCUGGUAUUGUGAUGCAAUAAUUUCCAUGGGAAGGUAGAAUGUUCGUUCAAAUGAUGCUAACUGAUGUGGCUCAUGUAAUGGGACCAGCAAUACUAGUUAGCAACGGCGCUGGUAGUUAGCAACGGCUCUGGUCCCAGAUUUGUGACGACGUUGUCUUGACCUGUAUAUUUUUGACUUAACUUUGCUCCUAACUAGCAUAGCUGGUACCAUUGUUGCAAAGAGUUGUCUUAAACUUUGUCAUCUUCAAUGUAGCUUUGCUCCUAUGGGUACACUCGCAAUGGCCACCAGUCCACCCAUUAUGCCAACAUUAGAUUUGUGUGUAUUAGGAUUUUGUUGUGGAACUGUUAGAUAUUACUUGAUAGAUAUUGCUGCACUGUCGGAACUAGAAGCACAAGCAUCUGCUAACCAUGUGUAUGUGACCAAUACAUUUGAUUUGAUUUGACUUGAAUGGAGACGGCCGUUCUAUUAAUUAUAUUUCUAUGGUAGAGCCAUCACCAUGUUGCUUACUCCUGUCUGGUCUAUUCAGAUUUGUUAACAUAGAUGGGGUAGCGGUAAAGGGUUGCUUUCUAAGCUCCCAGACCUUAUUAAAGGGGGUUAGAAUGUAUGGCAGAGGACAUCAGAUAGGGGUGACGACCUACAAGCUCUCACGGUCUCAUUGCAGAAUAAGACGUUUAUCCACGUUUCUCCAACGUUAAAUGUCAAAGUUGCUCCAAACAUCAAAUUUCGAAGUGUUUUGACACCCUGGGUUGACUACUCCUGCUCAGUAUCAUUCCUUUUCUCCAAAGGCAAAUGUUGAAGUUGCUCCAAACUUCAAUGACAGAAGCUUCUCUUCAUUCACAUGAUAAAAUGGCAAUAUAACCACGGUUAGUGCUAUCUGGUAUCGUUGGGAAGUCUCGACCUUAACUUUUACCAUUUUAAAUGACAACUUCAAGGGGGUAAUGUCUGAGUUGGGACGUCCUAAGGAUUCCAAAUAGCAUGGACCGUGUAACCAAUGGUAACACAUGCAGACACACGCAGAAGCACUCACACAAACUCACACACCGAUGGAACAGAUGAGAUCAGGGCUAAAAAUACAUUCUAAUGUUCCCCGUGUGGGUUGCGUGUUAAAGCGGUUGUUUUAGAAAGGAAGAGAAUGCGUUGACACCUGUAGAGAAGUGGGGGGAUCAGAAAAACACGUAAAAACAGACACAACGGGUGACUGCGCGAUAGAGAGAGAGAGAGAGAGGGAGGCAGCUGUCUUGUUAAUCUCUCAGCUCCAGUGACAGAUAAGGUUAAGAGAGUCUGGCCUCACCCCCAGCCAAAACAAACAAUGACCUAUUCCUGACUCACACGCACACACAGGGCUCUAAAGUGCGACAAAAUAUUUUGUUGUGCCACCACACGUUUUAUUUUGGGAGCACUGUGGCACUAUGAAAAAUAGCUCCCAGAUAAUAAUUGUUGUAAUGAUAAGGCUUCGCUGUACCGUUGUUUCCGAGUGCCUUAGAGAAAAAAGCGAGUGCGGUUUAAUUGGCGUCAUGGGUUGCGCCAUUACUACAGUGAAAACGUCUCUCUUCUAAAGCCGAAAUCACAUGGAGAGACCGUGUCAAAAUUUGCGCAUGAGAUUAGAGAGCGUAAAUACAUAUACACUGCGUAGCGUAUGCCAAUUUAAUUGUAAUGAGAAUCCAUAAUAAAGAGUUGUAUUUUAUGUUCGUUAUUUAGCGCUUGUUAAUUAUUGUGUGUUCCCUUUGACUUGCAUUGUAAUUUGACACGCUGUGACGCAUCUGUUUUCUCCCGUUCACUCCUGUGCAUUCUAAUUCCAGCGUGUUCACGUGCGUAAAAAAUCUGCAUACUUUUACUUUUUAACCUUAAGUAUAUUUUAGCAAUUACAUUUACUUUUGAUACUUAAGUAUAUUUAAAACCAAAUACUUUUAGACUUUUACUCGAGCAGUAUUUUACUGGGUGACCUUCACUUUUACUUGAGUAAUUUUCUAUUAAGGUAUCUUUUCUUUGACUAAAGUAUGACAAUUGGGUACUUUUUCCACCACUGGAAAAGGGAUAACUUCUUUAGAAGAUCAAUGAUCAUAGCAAUGAAUGGAUGACUGCUCUCUUGCGUGUCAUCACAAGCCUGACAUUUUUUAAGAGUGUACCAUUUUCAAUAUAAUGCGUCUCAAUAGGAAAAUAGUGCUUUUACACAAUGUAGAAACCUAAUAUUACACAAAUGACUUUGUAAUUUCAAUGACAGGUAUUCAUAUCAACAUUUUAGCUUUUAUAAUAAACUAAAGUUUGCAGUGUUUCAUAGAGCAGUGUUUUUUUAGAGCACAACAUGUGCUGCAAAAGUAGCUAGAAUAUAGGCCCAAUAUAGGAUGUAUCUCAAUCAAUUUUAAAAAAAUCAUAUUUUCUGGUGCUCUUACAUUUCAUGUGGUGCUCCUAACUUUUUAAAAUUGGGAGCACCAGUGCUAAAAAAAUGUAAUGGGUUAUUUCAUGGCCAGGCCAAAUUAGACCAAGUUACCAACCAGGUCCUGGAGUAUUUCAUGGCCCUACAUCUUCUUAGAAUGUCUCUCUCUCUCUCUCUCUCUCUCUCUCUCUCUCUCUCUCUCUCUCUCUCUCUGUCUCUCUCUCUGUGUCUCUCUCUGUGUCUCUCUGUCUCUCUGUCUCUCUCUCUCUCUCUCUCUCUCUCUCUCUCUCUCUCUCUCUCUCUCUCUCUGUCUCUUCUCUCUGUCUCUCUCUCUCUGUCUGUCUCUCUCUCUCUCUGUGUGUUCAGUUUAACUUUGUAGGUAGGAUCCUGGGUCCAAGGGGUUUAACAGCCAAACAGCUGGAGGCAGAGACAGGCUGUAAGAUCAUGGUACGAGGAAAAGGAUCCAUGAGAGACAAGAAUAAGGUAUGCUCACAAACAGACGCAAGCCCGCAAAACACACACCAACACACACUCACAGCAUGGUGUAUUUAUUUUGAUAGUAGAUUCUAAAGAGUGGAGUGGAGGGGAAAUAGAGCUGGGUCCAUAUGUUUCUCUGCUGGCUUAGGUUCUCUGGUUCUGGCUAGAGUGUCAGCCAUCCAGCCUUCCAGUGGAGCAGCUAACGGCAGGUGGAGCGCAGCCAGCAUUCCAUCCACCUCUCAUGAGAAUACACCCAUCCCACACCUCAGAGAAAGAAAGAAAGAAAGAAAGAAAGAAAGAAAGAAAGAAAGAAAGAAAGAAAGAAAGAGGGAGGGAGGAAGGAGGGGGAGAGAUGUUGAAAUGGAUAGAAAGAGUGGGUAGACAUUCUGACCUUCUUCAUGAGUGGGGAUUAUUCAGUUAAAUGGCUACACUGUAAAACCAAGUGUUUAGGAUCUGAACACAUAACUAAACACUUUUCUGUAACAUUUUUUAAACGCCUCAAGGCAUUUAGAAUUUCAAUGAAAACGCAUCACAGUGUUUAGAUUGUAAACACCAGAACAUGUUUAUUCGCUGUAACACUUUUUAAACACACAAACACAUUUAUUUAGCACAAGGCGUUCAGGUGUUAAACACUGAACACUGGGUGGAAAGCUGAAAUUGCAUGUUUCCCAGCAUGCCUUUCGAGUGACUGUAAGAGAUACCCACUCAUGACUGUUUGUUAGUGACAGAGACAUGGUUGUUGCAUUCAAUUUCUUAAAUUCUUGAAGCCUUCACCAAGUGACUGCUUAAGUGAAUGUUUGAACCCUUUAUGACAACAUAUUUAUACAUUUAAUAAGGCGUUUAUCUAUGGCCUAGUUAUCCUUAACAUUGUGGUUUGAAAAUCCUGGCUCAUGGGCCACAACAGACUUGCAAGUCACAGUAUGCUGGUUUGUGAAGUGAUUUAAUAAUUCCUAUCAGAAUCCAGCCAGAGGAAGGAUAUCCAAGAAUUUGAAUAUUUGAUCAAAAACAAGACUACCUAAAUGAUCUAAACUGGAACAACCAUCUCAGUAACGGUUGCAAUAAGUCCAACCCCUUACAGAUUGGAUUAGUUUAGAAAUGUUUUAGUUAUUUAGCUUUGUAUAGUUAAGAUCAAUGAAUCAAGCAAUGUGCAUGAGGAAACAUAGAUAUUAAAACCAACUAUUCUAAAAAAUCAACCUGAAACAACGCAUGCUGGGAAAUAUGAUAAUGAGGCCACUACCACAUCUUUCUCACUCUGAGAGAAUUAAUGGAAAUGAACUCAACACAGUCGAAUAACAACAACAGCACGCGAUGAUUUGAAAAUAAUUCUUGAAGCAAAUGUCCUGUUCAGUUAUAGAUAAGGUGACAGACAUUCCUAACACUGAUCUGAUUAAAAGGCAUGGAAAGUCACAUACAUUUUUUAUGACUAAAGUCACUGUAAACAGGACGGUAGGAAAGUAAACACUAUUGUUUAAAAUCGGAACACUUAGGAGAUAUAGGUGUCUCCUGGUUGGAAACUGACUGGAAAAAAGCUGACUCAUGUUUACUCUAGCCUUAUUGGAAAAUCUAAAUGCCUAAUGUUUAAGUUUUAAACACUGACAUUUAGGUUAUAAAUGUGUCACGUUUCAUGGUCUUAGAGUGUACCGUGUCGUUACAGAACUGAAGUCAAUGUGGACAGUCUUCUGGGAACUACAACAGUUGUAUGGAUGAAGGAAGACGCUCACAUACACACUCAAACAUAAAUACACAUGCCGUAAUAUUCAUGUUUUGUUUGUGUAUCAGGAAGAGCUGAACAGAGGGAAACCUAACUGGGAACACUUGAGUGAGGAACUUCAUGUUCUUAUCACAGUGGAAGACUCACGCAACAGAGCUCAGAUCAAACUACAAAGAGCUACCGCAGAGGUCAAGAAACUACUCGUACCAGCUGUGAGUACCAUGAGUUUCAUGCUAUAAUUGUCUGUGUGUGUGUGUGUGUGUCAGGGAGUUGGGUAAUUCGCCAGGCAGCAUGUAUAAAGGCGUAUCCAUGGUAAUGCAUGUGAAAGGAGGAAGGGGAUGAAUGAAGAGACUGUUCACACAUUCUCUUCACUAUCACUCCUUUCACUCCUUAAUUAAUUCCCUCUUCCUCUCUAUUUUCUCACUUGUUUUUUUUGGUCCCUCAACAUUUCUGCCGUUCUCUUAGCCUCCUACCCUCUGUCCCCCACACCUCACACAGACACCUUGCUAACACUGUUGCUCUCCUGAAAUUCAACAUUGAAUAGAGAAGUUGUGAACUCUCAAAUCGCACUGCAGUGACUUGCAGUAAAAUAACUUGCGCUUUGAACACACCGACUGCGUUUUUGCGUUUUGGUACACCAGAAGUACAUUCAUUUCCAAUGGAACGCUGCGUUUGCCUUGCAGCGUUGCGUUGCAGAGGCAGUUGCAGUGCGUUCUGUGUGGUGCAUACUUUGGAUUUAUCGAACGUAUGCGUCAAAUUCUAUGCGUAGACGGGUUGACAGAAAUGGUAGCAGAAGGAGAAUGUUGAACUUUUGUUGCACACAUAUCUAGAUGAUGCUGCGUACUAUUUUGCGCAAUGACGCAGUCGGUGUGUUCAAGCGUUAUUUUACAUUUUAGUCAUUUAGCAGACGCUCUUAUGCUGUCCCGCCCCUGUCUCUUAAUGUCCAAUCAGUGUGAAGUAUCAACACCAGAGAGGUUAUAGGGUAGGAGGGGGCUAAGCUGUGAAGUACAGGUACUAUAAUUAUACAUGUUAAAUGUCCAGUGCAGCUGUUUUUAUCUCAAUAUCAAAUUAUUUAUGGGUAACUAUUAAGUACCUUACUGUGAUUGUUUAAAAUUAAAAUGGUAAAAAAAGAAACAAAAAUAACUUCUUAGCAAAGAGCAAUUUCUCAAGCUAGAAUUGAGCUAGGACUGUCUGGGAGUGGUCUGAGUGGGCAGGGGAAAACUAGCUGUUAUUGGCGGAGAGGUUUGGAACUCUUUUGGUCUAUUAACUAAUUUACUGCAUGGAAGGCCAUUGAAGGCCAAACUCCAUCCCACCUUUCAGGCGGUCUUUUCAAACAGCUCUUACACUAUAACGGCAUUAUCAUCAUUUUCACAAUUUCACAGUAUUAUUCCAACCUCAUAGUGUAGAAAUAUAAAACACAGGAAAAUCACGUUGUUGACUGCACUGGGCCUUUAACAACCCAUAAACCCAGUGUGUGGGUAGGGGAUAAUGAUAUAUGUUAGUUUAACCUGGCCUAGCUGGACAUCACUCACAAUCUGUUGGCCAGAGAGUAACGUAAUCCAACCUUCAGCCAACUGGACAGAUAGUGUGUGUGUGUGUGUGUGUGUGUGUGUGUGUGUGUGUGUGUGUGUGUUUAGGCUGAUGGAGAGGACAGUCUAAAAAAGAUGCAGCUAAUGGAGCUGGCCAUUCUCAACGGAACCUACAGAGACGCCAACAUCAAGCAACGUAAGGAUGACAUCAUCAGAAAGCGCCUGUCCUGAAACUGACUUUUUGAGGGAGAUGUUUUCUUUUCCAUCUAGUAAUGUAUUGUCUAUUUUUUUUCUCUCUCUCUCUCUCUCUCUGUGUGUGUGGGUGUGUGUGUGGGUGCGUGUGUGUGUGUGUGUGUGUGUGUUUGCCUGAUGUGUGUAGCCACUAUGGCCUUCUCCCUAGCCUCCUCUCAGCAGCCGCGGCUCAUCUCCAGCCCCUCCCCUGUCAUGCAGCAGGCUAUGCGAAGCCCCGCCCCUGGUCAACAGCCCAACCUCAUGCCUCACCUGAUUCGUCAGAUCCAGAGUCAGCAGGCCCUCAUGCAAGGAGCCAAUCAGCACGCUGCGCUGAUGCAGCAAUCACCUGAAUCAGGAGGGUUCUUCUACGCUCCCUACGAAUAUUCCCCCUACACCCUGACCCCAUCUAUACUAGAAUACCCCAUGGACACUACUGGCGUACUAGGUAAUCACACACAGAUCAAGUUGAUUUGGGCAUGAGGGUUGUGUUGUGUUGUAACAUGGUUGUAUUUCUCUCUCUGUCUCCAGGUAUGUCUUUCCAAACCAAAGGCUGAGAGAUAAACUCCCUCCUACACAUGGACCUCACAUACACACACACACACACACACACACACACACACACACAC